AUGGCCGGCCCUUUGUUGCACCCUUCUGAGCAGCACUCAGUGAUAGACCAACUUCUGGAGGUCAUGCAUUUCUGGAGUACUGAUCAUGUGCCAGGCAACUCAGCAUAUUGCCGGAACUCCUCACCCUCUCCAGCUUCAGGGUGUUCUGGUAAACGCUUAUCUGGGGAGGAGCUAAGCCUAUUACAGAUCAAAGCAGUUUUCUUCAUUUACAAACUACCCAAGGCAGAGUCUUCUUCCUCGGCUACCUGCAGCAGAAAAGUGUUAGCAAAGCACCGGAGCGCUCCAAUUAUGAUCCUUCAUAGAAAGGGGACAAUGGCAUCUUGGCCUUUCUCUGGGCCCUGGAGAGACUCUGAUCCAAUUCUGUUCCAAGUGACCUUGGUUGCUGCUCUGUUGGCUACUGUUCUUGGCAUUUGUGGUCCUCCACCUUAUUUACAAUUUGCUUCUCCAAUAAUUGAGUUGAACGAGACAGAGUUUGAAACUGGAACUACUCUGAAAUACAGCUGCCGCCCUGGCUACAGUAGGACAAGUUCAAGAAGUUACAGUGUUACCUGUGACUCAACAGGCAGUUGGAAAUACAGGGACUUCUGUGUCAGGAAACGAUGCGGAAACCCAGGAGAAUUACUUAACGGUCAAGUGACAGUUAAGACAGAUUACUCUUUUGGAUCACAAAUAGAAUUCAGCUGUUCAGAAGGGUAUAUCUUAAUGGGCUCAGCCACUAGUUUUUGUGAGGUCCAAGAUAAAGGAGUUGGCUGGAGUGAUCCUCUCCCCAUUUGCGAAAUUGCCAAGUGUGAGCCUCCUCCAGCCAUCAUCAAUGGGAAGCACAAUGGUGGAGAUGAAGACGUCUACACUUAUGGCUCUUCUGUCACCUACAGCUGUGACCCUGACUUCUCAAUGUUAGGCACAGCCUCCAUUUCUUGCAGACUGGAAAAUAAGACAAUAGGUGUCUGGAAUCCAAGCCCUCCUACUUGUAAAAAAAUCACUUGUCCUCAGCCAGUGGUUAAAGAUGGAAAAAUAAUCUCUGGAUUUGGACCCAUCUAUACUUAUAAACAGUCUAUUGUAUUUGACUGCGAUAAAGGUUAUCUUCUCAAGGGCAAUAAGUUAAUCCACUGUGGAGCUGAUAACAGCUGGCAUCCUCCUCCUCCCAUUUGUGAACUCAAUGGCUGUGCUGGCUUACCAUACAUCCCCCAUGCCUUCUGGAGAUAUUAUGGCUACCAGAAGCCAACAGAAGAGGAAGUGUACGAUAUUGGGACUGCACUGAGGUACUCCUGCCUUUCUGGAUAUAAACCCAAGGCAGAUGGGCCCACGACUGUGACUUGUCAGAGAAAUUUGGAGUGGACCCCAUACGUACAAUGUGAGGAGGUUUGUUGCCCAAUACCAGAACUGAACAAUGGCAGAAUCACUCUACUGAGAAAAAGCAGCAUUGUCAAUAGCUGUACCUAUUUCUAUGAAGAUGAGGUUUCAUAUACAUGUCAUAUGAAAUAUACAUCUCAUGCCAGAUGCACAGCAGAUGGCACGUGGAGUCCCAAAACACCAGAAUGUUACCCAGAUUGCGAUUCUCCUCCUGUCAUUGCCCAUGGACAUUAUAAACGAGUCAGUUCACUCCUUGGAUUUAAAAAUGUCGAAGCUACAUAUGAAUGUGAUGAAGGAUACACCCUGGUUGGAAAGAACAAAGUCUCCUGCACUCUUUCAGGCUGGUUACCUGCAGCCCCUCAAUGUAAAGCUUUGUGUCUGAAACCAGAGAUAGAACAUGGGAGGUUAUCUGUGGAUAAGGAUGGAUAUGUUGAACCUGAAAAUGUCACUGUCCAGUGUGACUCUGGCUAUGGUUUGGUUGGUUCCCAAAGUAUCACUUGUUCAGGAAACAGAAUGUGGUACCCGGAGGUGCCCAAGUGUGAGUGGGAGAGCCCUGAAGGCUGUGAGCAAGUGGUCACAGGCAAGAAACUCAUGCAGUGUCUCCCAACCCCAGAGGAGGUGAGAUCCGCCCUGGAGGUGUAUAAGCUGUACCUGGAGGUUCAACAACUGGAGCUUCGGAAAGAUGGCAAGCAAGCCACUCAGGAGUGUUCACUGUAA